GCGCCCGCGGCGCAGCCGGCGCAGCCCGGGCUGAUGGCGCAGAUGGCGAGCACGGCGGCCGGCGUGGCCGUGGGUUCCGCCGUGGGACACGUCGUGGGCAGCGCCAUCACCGGCGUCUUCAGCGGCGGCUCCUCCGAACCGGCCAAGGCGGCGGCGCCCGCUCAGGAGCCCCGGCCCGUGAUGCAGCAGUCGCCGUACGGACCCUGCCACUAUGAGAUGAAGCAGUUCCUGGAAUGCGCUACCAACCAGAGAGACCUGACCUUGUGCGAGGGCUUCAACGAGGCUCUGAAGCAGUGCAAGUACAGCAAUGGUGUUUCUUCUCUCCUGUGAAGAAUUCAACCCCUCGUAGGGAAGAGGAUCAUGGUGUAGAGCCCUGCUAUCCACAGGGGUGGAAGGACAGACAGGGAAUGAGCUGGAGGAAGCAGACUGACCAGACAGGAGUAUUCUAGUGGUAAUUCACUUCUGAGCUAGUAGGGAAGGAAAGGAAUGAUUGGACCGAAGGGUCUUUAGUAUUCAGAUAGUGCUGUAUUUAUUACAGAGAAAUAAAAGGAUUUAUUUGGACCUAU